UGCAGUGACAAGUUCUAUUUUCGUGUUUAGAAAAUCGCUUUGCUCGCACAGCAUUCGUAGUGUUCGGUAGAAAGAACAUUAAACACAUAAAUUAAAUUUUUUGAACUUGAAAUACAUUUUUGUGGACAGUUGUGUUAUUGUUGCUGUUGUUUUAAAUCAUGGCACCACCAGCUUUACUCAGUAAGGAGAUACCCGAUAUCGAGAGCCUGAUGUCCUUGAAUCCUCGUGUCAAGUCGCUGUGCUCUGUCGUGCCAACUGCCGAAACGAAGAUCAACAAGAAGCACUGGAAACGCAACAAUGAACGUAAUCCAACCAGCUGCUCGAAGCUACUCAAUAACUUCGAAGAUGUCAAGCACACUACACUCUCCGAGAGAGGCGCAUUGAAAGAGGCCGCGCGUUGUUUGAAGUGCGCCGAUGCGCCUUGUCAGAAAUCAUGCCCCACCCAACUGGAUAUCAAGAGCUUCAUCACCAGUAUUGCCAACAAGAAUUACUAUGGCGCUGCUAAGGCAAUUUUCUCGGACAAUCCACUCGGUUUGACUUGUGGUAUGGUAUGUCCAACCAGCGACCUAUGCGUUGGUGGUUGUAAUUUGCAGGCAUCGGAGGAGGGACCCAUCAAUAUUGGUGGCUUACAGCAGUUUGCGACCGAAAUAUUCAAGGAGAUGGGUGUGCGUCAAAUUGUGCCGCCAAAUGUGAAGCCACUGCCGCAACCCAAUAAGAAAAUUGCUUUGUUGGGCGGUGGUCCCGCUUCACUUUCCUGUGCCACAUUCUUGGCACGCUUGGGUUAUAAGGACAUUACGAUUUAUGAGAAACGCGCCUAUUUAGGCGGCUUAAGUUCAUCGGAGAUUCCACAAUAUCGCUUGCCCGUUGAUGUGGUGAAUUUUGAAAUUCGGUUGGUUAAGGAUUUGGGUGUGAAGUUUGAAUUGAAUCGCAGUCUGUCCACCAACGACUUGACCGUCACUGGCUUGCUUACGGCAGGACAUGACGCGCUGUUCCUAGGCAUAGGAUUACCAGAACCGAAUGUGGAUCCAGUUUUUGGUGGCUUAGACGAGUCAAUGGGCUUCUAUACGUCGAAGAACUUCUUGCCAAGAGUAUCAGCGGGUUCGAAACCUGGCUUAUGCACUUGCAAAGCUAACCAAGCUUUACCACAGCUAUCGGGUAAUGUCAUUGUUUUGGGCGCUGGUGAUACCGCUUUCGAUUGCGCCACUUCGGCUUGGCGCUGCGGUGCUAAGCGUGUCUUUGUCAUCUUCCGUCGGGGCACCACGGGGAUGCGUGCCGUACCCGAAGAGGUGGAGUUGGCGCGUGAAGAAUGGUGCGAAUUUCUACCAUUCUUGGCCCCCAGCAAGGUGGUGGUGAAGGACAAUAAGAUACGUGCUAUGGAGUUCUACCGUUCUGAAAUCGAUGAUAACGGCAAACUUAUUGUGGACAAAGAGCAACCCACAACACUGAAGGCCGAUUUUAUUAUAUCAGCAUUUGGUUCUGGUUUGAAUGACCCAGAAAUUAUUGACGCCCUCAAACCAGUAGAAUUGGAUCACUGGAAUCUGCCCAAAGUCAAUCCUAAGACUAUGCAAACCAGCGUGCCACAAGUUUUCUGCGGUGGUGAUUUAGGUGGUCAAGCAAAUACAACUGUGGAAUCGGUAAAUGAUGGAAAAAUCGCCGCAUGGAGUAUUCACUGCCAAUUGCAAGGACUGCCAUUAGAUACGCCUGCGGAGCUACCACUUUUCUAUACAGAAAUCGAUAAUGUAGACCUAUCCGUUGAUUUAGUGUACGAGCGCACCGACAAGGAAACUGGUAAAAAGGAGAAGCACAUACUUAAGUUUCCCAAUCCGUUCGGUUUGGCGUCAGCACCACCCACCACCAGCGCGGCGAUGUGUCGGCGUGCGUUCGAACAAGGUUGGGGUUUUGUGGUUACCAAAACAUUCGGUCUUGAUAAGGACUUGGUCACCAAUGUAUCGCCACGUAUCGUGCGUGGCACUACAUCGGGCUACAACUAUGGUCCGCAACAAGGUGCUUUCCUUAAUAUUGAGUUGAUAUCGGAGAAACGCGCCGAGUAUUGGUAUCGUUCGAUACGUGAACUCAAGAAAGACUUUCCCAAUCAGGUGGUCAUAGCGAGCAUAAUGUGCGCCGCCAUCGAGGAGGACUGGAUAGAAAUGGCCACCAAGGCCGAGGAAUGUGGUUCUGAUGCACUCGAGCUGAAUUUAUCUUGCCCACAUGGAAUGGGUGAAUCCGGUAUGGGCUUAGCGUGUGGCCAAAUACCCGAUUUGGUGGAGAAAAUUUCCAGAUGGGUCAGUGAAACUGUAAAAAUACCCGUCUUCAUUAAAUUGACACCCAACAUCACGGAUAUUGUGGAAAUUGCGGCUGCCGCGCAUCGUGGUGGUGCCGCAGGUGUAUCAGCCAUCAACACCGUGCAAGGACUGAUGAGUCUGAAAGCCGAUGCCACGGCAUGGCCAGCAAUUGGCACGGAGAAGCGUACCACUUAUGGUGGUGUGUCUGGUAAUGCAACACGCCCAAUGGCGUUGAAGGCGAUUUCUUCCAUUGCCAAUAAAUUGCCUGGUUUUCCCAUACUCGGUAUUGGUGGUGUGGACUCAGGAGAGGUGGCACUACAAUUCCUACAGGCCGGCGCCUCGGUGGUCCAGGUUUGUUCUGCUGUACAAAAUCAGGACUUUACUCUUAUCGAGGAUUAUGCGACCAGUUUGAAGGCUUUGCUAUAUUUGCGAGCAAAUCCACCACCAUACUGCGGUCAGUUGUGGGAUGGACAAUCACCACCAACGCCCAAGCAUCAGAAAGGCAAGCCCGUAGUGCACUUAACUGGAGAUGACAAUAAGACCUUGGGCUUCUUUGGUCCAUACAAGAAAGAUCGCGAGCAAAAGCUUUAUGAGGAGCGUGUCAAAAAUGGUCCCUUAUGGAAUGUCAAGUCCGAAACUGCUGUGGCACCUGCGAACGAUGCACCUAAACCAGCUUACAGAGUAAAUGAUGUUAUCGGUGGCGCGUUGGAACGCAUUGGCGCCUACAAGAAGCUGGACAACACACAACAGAAAGUGGCUCUAAUCGACGAUGACAUGUGCAUAAAUUGUGGCAAGUGCUAUAUGACUUGCAAUGACUCCGGCUACCAGGCCAUACAAUUCGAUGCUGAGACUCAUAUACCACAUGUCACUGACGAUUGCACCGGCUGCACACUUUGUGUCUCUGUCUGCCCAAUCAUCGACUGUAUUACCAUGGUGCCAAAGAAGAUUCCGCAUAUCAUCAAACGCGGUUGGGGGGAAAAUACUCCAGUGUUCGCGCAUGCGCUUAGUCCAAUGCAGUAAUCAAUAUUUCCAUGCUCUUUUCUAUUGCUUGCUAUCAGUUUAACCAUAAUUUUAUUGCCAUAAUUGUUGAUCGUGUAAACGCUAGAUAAGUUAUAAUUAACCAGCUACUGUUUAUACACAAUGUAAUGUUAUAAUAAUAUAACUUUAAUUGUAUCUUGAAAGUUUAAAAAAUAA